GCAAGUCGCAAGACCCCACCCGUGGACUGUUUCCCGUGCGCCCAACGCCGUCAACAACCUCCAGCUCACCAAGUAGCUCGCCUCCUUACCAGACAACCUCUCCUUUACUCCAGACUACACAAUCUCGCCCUCCCGCCCUCCACGCACCACCUACCACAGCUUCAUUCUCGCUCGCAAUCAUGUCUUGGCAAGCAUACGUUGACACUAGCCUCGUCGGCACCGGCAACCUCGACAAGGCCGCCAUCUUCAACGCCGACGGCAACAGCGUCUGGGCCUCGUCUGCCGGUUUCACCGUCGCCCCCAAUGAGAUGACCGAGGUCGUCAACGCCUACAAGGACAAGGGUGAUGCCAACGGCAUCAAGCAGGUCCAGAGCACUGGCCUUCACGUCGCUGGUGACCGCUACGUCGUCCUGAAGGCUGACGAGCGGAGUCUGUACGGCAAGAAGGGUCGUGAGGGCAUUGUCAUUGUCAAGACUCAGCAGGCCAUUCUCGUUACCCACUACCCCGAGACCGUCCAGCCCGGUGUGGCCGCCAACACGGUUGAGCAGCUCGGCGACUACCUUGUCAGCGUCGGCUACUAAGCGGUGAUGGAUAAGGGUCGAAAUGAAGCUUUCACGGAAUGACACUGUUGAUGUUGUAAUCUUACUUGCAUAGCAAGCUUUCGUAACAAGAGGGGCUUAGGGUCUGGCUCAUAGAAGUGCGGAGCUAGGAGUGACAUUGGUACAGUCCUCAAACACGAAUCAAACACCCUUCGAGGUUGUGUCGGCUUCUAUGCAGUGACGAAGGGACGUAGGACGGGACAAAGGAAGUGCUGAAAAGGAGAGCUUUUUGCGCAACCAUGAGGUCCCGUCUGAUGUGAUUUUGCACAG